CCGCCUCCUACUGACUGAAGACUGCAGCUGCUGGUAGCUCAGCGUGGGUCCGUUUAGAGCUUCCUGAUUGGUCGGGAUCGACCAGCUGACUGUUGUGUCACGUGACUGAAAGGAAAAGGAAGCUUAUCGGCUGUGAAGCUGAUGUUUAGAUGUUGUGAAGGUUCGGGUUCAGACUCCGUCCUCAAGCUGCGAGGAGAUGUUUGACAGCAGGAGCUCCUUGGAGGUCCUGCUGGUUCCUGAGGACCAGGCAGGUGAUCAGCUGGCAGACCUCAGGAAGGCCCAGAUGUGUCCUGCAGGUUCCCUGCUCUGCUGCCUGGGGGGCUCCGGCCAAUUGAUGCUGUGGGCCCCUGGGGACAGGAGGGCCCCCCGGUGCUCAGCGGACGGCCACUUCUCAGACUUCAGCUGGGAGGAGGUGACGGCCAGCAGUCGGAGCGUCAGCAGUUUCCACCUGCUGGCUGUUGGAUCUCAAGGUGACCUGAAGCUGCUGGAGGCUGAAGCUGAACCCUCCGUCCCCGUUUCUUUGCUGAGCGUGCAGAAAUGUUCUGCAGACCGUCUGCUGGAGGCGAUCAGAGAGAAGAACCACAGUGUGUGUGAGCUGGACUCUGUGCAGGUCCUGUGCUUUGUGGACGGCCGCUGUCGUCUGCUGGUGAGCUGGAGCUGGUUGCUGCAGCUGCAGUGGGAACGAGAAUCAGGAGAAGCGAAGAUGAUCUCCUGCCAUCACUUGCAGCCAAUCAGCAGGACCCAGCAUGCAGCUGUUCAGCUCUGUGGAGAAACCCUGUUCACCCUCAGCUCAGAUGGACUCAUACAUGUGUUUGCUGUGACCGAUGGCGCCCUGCUGGCCAGCAUCAACCUCCCCGCCUACCUGGAGGAUGACCUCAGCUCUUCCUCUCCCUCCUCCUCUUUCUGCCUGGUUCAGGUGUCAGCAGAUCUCAGCACAGCUGUAGCUGUAACCCAGUCUCAUGCAGCUGUAGCCGUUGACCUUAACCACUAUUUCAGACUGCACCCAGACCACCUACUCUGUGUCGGACCCCAGUCCAAUGUCCCUCUUCAGCAUAAAGACCACAGAGACCAGGACAGCCUGUCCAGCUCCAGUCACUGUCUGGCUGCUCUUGGAUCAGCGCUCUGUGAUGACCGCUCUUGGAAAACUCGUCUAGCGUUGAUGUGCAGCAGAGCCCAGCAGGUUGCUUCUCCCUCCCCCCCGUCUAAGCCUGCAGAGAGGCCGUGGUUCUAUUCGCUUCCCCACCUGCAGGCCAGCUCCGCUUCAGCCUCCUCCCAGAGCAGAGCGCCACCAGGGGGAGCGGUGGUGCAUUUCUCUGUCCCUGAAACAUCCACUCCAUCUCUGCUUGCUGUUUCUGAGUUCUCUGCACUUUUGACGUUCGUCACUCCUGGUAACACUCAGACCACAGUGGCCUUAUGGGAUAUGGAGUCUGGGAGUUUGAGCUACCACCAGUCAGAAGACGUGGCCGUUCCAGUUCAGCACAGUGGAGAGCGGCAGCAGAGGCUGCUGCUGAAGAGGUCAGGUGUGUUCCAGGUCAUGUUCUCCAUGCCCCAGCAGGAUCUAUUAAGCAGGCUGAUGCUAUUUGGCAGUGCAGCAACGGUGGACGCAGUCUGUAAGCUCAACAGCUGGGGGCACUGCUCCAUCCCCUUCCAUGCCCUGCAGGCCGGAUUGAAGAACCGACAGCUUGACACGGUGGAUUUGUAUCUGAAAAGCAAAGAAAAUCUCCUGAACUCCUCUGCAUCAGUCUGUGUUUCUGAGCAGUCGGCAGACUCCAAGCAAAGUCUCAAAGACAGUGUCCAGGAGCUGUUUCUUGCGUUGGACCUGUUGUGUUCAACUGUCAGAGAUUUAAACAGUGAGGCUCAGAGCAGACAGUUCUCUGAGCAGCUGCUCAACCUCACUCUGAGCUUCAUCAACACACAGAUCCGCUCGGUGCUCUUGCUACCACACUGUGAAAACUCUGAUGUACUGAACAGUGUGAAAAUCCUGGAUACAUAUGUGACAGAGUUGAGGAAUUAUUUGAAGAGGUUUCCCUGGUCCUCAGGGAGCAGCACGUCUAACAGUGGUGCUGCUCCUCCCAGGGAGGUUGAAGGAGAUGAAUGGGAGAAGCUUACCACUGAGGAAGUGAUCUAUCAGGCAGUUCUUACAAACCAGAUCCCGAGAGCUCAGGCUGUGAUGUGGAGACUGAAUCGACCUGAGCAGCAUCUGUCUGCUCUGAGGAUGGUGGGGCUGAAUCAUGUAUUGUCCUGCUUGCAGUCCGGGAACCUGCAGACUGCUAAAACACUCCUGACUAACAUGGGUCUAAGUGUGAAGAAGGAGCUUCACAGCAUCUGCCUUUACACCAAAGACAGGAACCUCCGGGAAUUAUUGGUGGAGGAUAUGUCCAGCCAGGGUUUUUUGCCUGAAGAUGAGAUGCAGAGUGUUUCAUUCAUCAGGAAGAUGGAGAAGCUGGGUUUACUACCAGCAAGGUCCUGUCCCGCUGAUCCCCUUUCUCAGAGGGUUCCUCAGAUUGCUCAUGAUGAGCUAGAAGGCAGAGAGUUGCUGGAGGAACUGGUUGAACAGAGGAGCCCUGAGGAGGUGGGAGAACUCUGGAGGAACAUCCAACUGCACUGGGUGAAGAACUGGGACCAUGACUGCCAGACUGCUGUUCUCUUAUCCAGGCUACAGCACACAGAGUUGAGCCUUGGAGACUCUUCAGUGUUGUGGCGCUACCUAACUUCUCUCCACGACAAGCAGCAGGUGGUUGAAUGGAUUCACAACCAACGGAGCUCCGAUUCCCUCUGCUGGCCGGACAUAACUCCAGAGGUGGUUAGCAGUAGUACGGCGUGCAGCAUCUUCUUCAAGGAGAACGUCCUGGACCUUCUAGCUAGGAAAGCUGUGUUCAUCCCAGAGGAGAUGUCAGACUUGGAGCAGCUGUUAUGGCGGUUGGCUCAGGGUGGGGGGCUGAUGGCUCCAGCUCCUCCAGUACCUCAGUACUGCUCUCCCGUAGGCCUCGACCUACACAGCGCCUUUGUCUCUUUCUGUCUGGAACGUAAUCUCCAGUACCUGCUUUAUACCUACUUGGAGCACUACAGACUAACGCCCAGGAACUGUCCGCUGCUGAUGGAUCAGAGCCUGUUUGGGAGUCAGCCUUGGUUUGAGAUGCUGGUGAAAACCCAGGAGAUAACCAGAAACCUGUCAGAUCCAGAACUGGUGUUCCAGGCCAGUUUGACCAGUGCUCAGGUGCUGCUUCCUGGGAGCCAGGCAUCUCUAAGCAGUCUGCUGUUGGAGGGACACAGUCUGCUGGCUCUGGCCUCCAUCAUGUUUGCUCAUGGUGGGAUCGAUCAGGUGAUGAUUCAAGGUCAGCAGGCAGGAAGUGUGCAGAGGACUGUCGACCCACAGCUGCUGAAGAUGGCGCUGGCCUCCCACAGCAAACUGAGAGCUGCACUCUUUCCCUCUGGAUGUUUUGGGAAUGGCCCAUCAUCUGACGUCUCCAUUUAUCAACUCCUUCAGUCUCUCCAUCCUCUUGACGUAUCCAGACUGUUUGCUUGGCAGGCGCCAAACACUCUGAAUUCUACUGAAACAUCAGAGCUGCCUCAUUUUUCCAGCUCUCAACUGGUUGGCAGGUUUGCUCUGGUAGAAAAACUAGACUAUCUGUACUACAUUCAUCAUGGCCGUCCCUCUUUCGCAUAUGGGAACGUUGUCAUCCAGCAGCUAGGUGUCUGCAGUGACGUCCAGUCAAUGCUGCAGAAGGUCUGGCUGCAGGUGUACAGGCUGGCUCUGAAGUGUUUCAAUGUGCCGUCUGUGACAUCGUCAGCCGUCUGUUUCUGUGAGCUGCUGGGCAUCUGCAGCCUAAAGCUGAGGGUGGACAUCAGAGCCAUGAACACCGUCCUUCAGCACUGGAACCAACUGGAAAAACACACACAAGCCAAGAAUCUGCUCAUUCUAAAGUCUAAAGCUGUAAAGCUGGUGGAUGCAGAGCCAGGAGUGGCAGAAGAGAUGCUUGGUUACCUGGAAGCAGCAGUGAUGGAAAGUCUGGAGCAGAGGGGUAUCAGCAGGUCGUCAUAUGAGGCUGCUCAGGAGUGGGCGCUGCCUGUUCAGUUCUCUAAGCUCCACAGUCUGGAGCUUAGUCCAGUUUAUCCCAGGCAUUGUGCAGAGGACCGACAAUUUAUACACUUUUUAUUGUUUGUCCAACUCUACAACUUCCCUCUACAGCAGGUCAGGUCCAUGCUCCGUCUCUUUGAACCCAUUUUGCAGGCUCACCUUACCGUGGCAUUUCAAGACCUGCAGGUGCAGAGUCAGACGAGGGACCAAGAGCCGCAGGAACAGUUGUGGGUUCCGAGAAGCGAAGAGGCGGCUGGGAGCUCAGACCUUUUCCAGAUGGUACUGCGGAGUCAGCAGGAGCAAAUACCAGUCAGGUUUCUCCUACACGAAGCAAUGGUCCAGCGCUGCCCAGUGCUGGCAGUUCUUGCUGCGUGUCUGAAGCUCAGAAAUGGUGGUCCUACCAUCGUUGGAAGCCUCCCCUUACAAUGGGUGGAAAGUCAGGCCUCAGUGCUGCUCCUCACCAUGCUGCAGCGUUCUUCUUCCCAGUACGAUCUUCACCGGCUGCUGCAGCUCCUCGCUGAUGUUGACAAACUUCUCAAAUCAAAUGGUCCAGACUUCAGGAAGCUGAGUAAGCUGAGUCAGUUGCUCCAAGGAUCGGGGGUCACUCUGCCACAGAGGCUGCUGCACAGCACCCCCCCAUCCAUCCAGGAGGAGGAAUUUGCAAUCAUUGUGGAUACAUUACAAUCUAGAGGGUGCUACAGCCAGGCGAGACAGGUGGCAGAGCUGGCUGGUCUGCCUGUCGAUCGCCUCCUCCUGAGCCAGGUCUGAAUAAUAUUAAGAGAUAUGUCCCAGUCUGAGGGAGGAACGGCCAACUCUGGAGACGAGACGCAAACCGAGGUUCUGGACGUUCAGGAGUGCUGUUUACUUCUCCAGCUCGCGGCUCACUGGCUUUCCUUGCUAAUACCGGUUCCUGUGGACGAACUGGAGAGGUUGGAGAAGAAGCUGUGGUUCUGUCGGGUCCGGAAACACGUGCUUACAGCUACCAUGGAGAAAGACAGCAUGUUCAAGCUCCCACCAGCAGCCGUCCUCCCUGAAACCAACGCCUAUGACAUGUUCAUGAAGGACUUCACCUUCUCCAGCAUAGCAGAUCUGAACACAGAGAAAUACCUGAGACUGGAUGGGUUCCCGAGUCCCUCAGAGAACCUGGAUGAGUUAGAUCCUGAGUCUGAUCUGGGUUCUGAAGGGAGGAGAGUUUUAGGAGGACUUAUUGGUCAGUUACUAGAUCAGGGUGGUCUCCAUGAGGCCAGUCGUGUUUGCCGACAUUUCUCCAUCCACAGUCCAGAUGUGUGGAGGCUGCUGCGCUGCCAUGCUUUGGCAGGUGGGGUUUUAGCACCAGAACCGCAGGAGGAAACCCCAGAAGGAGCAGAAACCAAAGCGCUGACACACUCUCCCUCGCUCAGCAGUCUGUCCUCCUUUGUGAUGGUGCCCCUCCCUGAAGAUGCAGUCACCAUCCAGAUCCAGAGGCUGCUGGAUCAGUGUCGCCAUGGAAGCAGCUACUGCAAACAGAUCCUCAGCCUGUACCAGCUCUCUAAGGAGAUGCAGUGCCCUUACAGUCAGCUCAGCAGGGAGGAGCCUCAGUCUGUGCUGCAGAAGCUCCUGCUUCUGGAGCAGCCGGACCGUUUCAGGAUGGCCAAGGCCUUCAUCAGAGCUCAGGGUCUGGGUGCUGAUGCUGUGGCAGAGCUGGUCUCCGACGCUGUACUUCAAGGCCUGCUGGCUUCAGCCCAGGACCUGCAGCCUGGAGACAAGCAGAUUUUUAGACCGUCCGAGGGGAAUGAGUCUCUGGUACAGCUGAUCAAACUGUGUGACGAUCCAAACUUGGUGGGACUCAGACUGCUGGAAAACCUCAACACGGUUCCGCUGAGGGAGCUGAACUCCAUCGUGGAGCUGCUGAUUGUGGCUCACAGCUGUUUCAGUCUUACCUGUAACAUGGAGGGGAUCGUGCGUGUUCUCCAAGCUGCUCGUCAUCUGAGCCACACCUACCUGGCCCCAGGAGAACACUACAGCCUGAUGGUGCGUCUACUGACCGGUAUUGGCAGGUACAAUGAGAUGACGUACAUCUUUGACUUGCUCCAUCAGAGCCAUCGCUUUGAGAUGUUACUCAGGAAGAAGGUGGAAACAGAGAGGGGACAGAGCUCUAGUUUGAAGACUGCUCUGCUGGAUUACAUCAAGCGCUGCCUCCCUGCUGAUAGCGAGAAGCACAACAUGGUGGCGCUGUGUUUCAGCAUGAGGAGGGAGAUCGGAGAAAACCAUGAAAUUGCUGCCCGGACUCAGCUGAAGAUGAUUGAAUCUCAGGACUGGGUUGUGACUCCUGAACUGAAGAGUUCGCUGAUGAAGGUGUUGGGUCUGCUGAAGGAUGCUGCAGAAAGUUUCUCAAAGGACUCAUGCGUUCGUCAGGCGAGUCGCUGCAUCAAUCAAGCCAAACUGAUCACUCUUCAGCUCCACUUGUUGAACCAGGGAUCAAACCUUCGCAUCAUCAACCUGAAGCCCACAGAGCUGCACGCUGCCUUCAUGGCUCUGCCCCGAUGUUACCAGGUGUUUGUCGUCUCAGAGGCCUACAGCUACAAUCCAGACUGGGCUGAGAUUUUGUACCAGAAGGUGGUUCUGAAAGGAGACUUUGUUUACCUGGAGGAGCUCAAAGGCCUCCGUCCUCUUACCUCCGCCAUAUUUGAAGACAUUUUCAGAAAGCUGGACAGCUCCCCCAGCGGUGUCUCCUCGAACGUGAAGCGUCUGCUGACUCACUGUGACGAUGUGUACACCCGAUACAGACUGGCCUACCAGCAGAAUCUCUAUGAUGUCACCAAAACGCUGCUGCAAGAUAACAAAACGGCCAGCUACAUGAAUGACAGGCUGAGCAAUAAAGCGUUUAUCUGAGCCAGCAGCCUGAUGGAUUCAUGUCUGUAUGGACCUUUAUACCUCCAAUGGUCUCUGAGCUUUACUUAAAUGAUGUCAGUCAACAGCAGGUCUUUAUGUUUCAUUCACUACAGGAAAACCUCAUCUUCUUUGACCUUUUCAGUGGUAUUAAUUUCCUCUUUCAAAACAAACAUCUUUAAAUAACACAGCCAUAUGAAAGAUUUAAAAAUAACUAAAUGUGUAUGAAUCAAUUUGAUAUCAAUAAUUUAUCGUGAUUUAUGCUUCUGUUUUGUAAU